AUCGGUAUCGUCGGAGUGGACACCAAAGGGCUCUUCAUUCCCGUCCGACUCGAUAUGAUUCGCUUCGAUCCGAAAGUUUUGUCGGCAGAGUUGUCGUCGAUGGGCGACAAUCCCAGACUGGAAGCGCUGUUUGAUUACGACACCCGAAUCGGUGUCACCAAAGGUCUCGAGUACAGAGGCCUCAAGACUAAUAUCAUUAACCGUAAUAUCAAUGUGAGUAAAGUAAUGACGGGAGAGUACAAGUUUGAGUCCUAUGAGGGCCCCCUCACCGAAGAGGCCCCGGAGUUGGUCCCGUACGGAGCCGUUUGCGACAAACUGGCCGAUAGUCUCCAGAAGAAGUUUGAAGCGCUCAGAAGUGGCGCUAAAAGCGCUCAUAUCGUUAGCCCGAAGACCGAUAAACUGGACAACAAAGCCCUGAAAGGCAAGGAUCGGUAUUUGUAUCACUUUUUGUCGGACAUCCAGACACUGAACCAGUACUCCGUGGAUGCGAUCAAAGAGACCAAAUACUUUGAGGACCUGCCGGACGAUCCGCUACUCAGUAGCAUAUAUAACAAGUGGUUAGUCGACACACAAGUGAUCACUGUUUACGACAAUAAGAAACCCGGAGAGAUGAAAGUGCUGGAGAUGUGCGACAGUCACGACCCCAUACAGCCCAGUGUCGCCCACUCGCUGGACCCGCACGAGUACUACGUGAAGCUCGUCUACAAUGUGAGCGCCCGAUACCCGGUCGACACCAAAGCGACCGAAUGGCCAAUGAAUAGCUCAACGCUUCCCACGGAUUUCAAAGACAACGAUCUGGUGAUCUACAAGAACGACACGAACGCCGCCAUUAAUUUACCCGAAUUGUUUCAAUCAGUGUCCGACUCGCUAAAGCCCAACGCCUUCUUUCAGGUUGUCUUUAGAGACCGGUUCACUUCGAGCGAGAAGUUGAUCCGUUAUCUGCUCGACAUGAAAGCCGAGACAAUGGAUGGCAAUAGGAUUAGGGCUGAGGGCGAGAGGUGUGGCCUGACGUACAUCGGCUGGAAUCGGAACCAAUUCGGCGCUAACGCUAUGCUCUUCCGCAAAGUGACCGCCGAUAUUAAUGUUGACAAACAGGUGAUCAUCGAAAUGGACAACAAUUACCACAACUGGUUGUCGAAAAUGCAGGAAGAGAUGGCCGCCAUUCACACGAAGCCCGAGGGGGAGAAUAUUUGGAUUGUGGCGAACAACACCUCGAAGAAUGGUAUCUUAGGUUUGGUCUAUAGUUUGCGGCGCGAAAUGAACGGCGUUCGGGUCAGAUGUAUAUUCAAUUACGACGGCAUUACCGAUGAUUAUCUACAAAAUCGACACAAUCUGACGCAAGUGAUGAAGAAAGACCUCGUCUACAAUGUCUACAAAGACAACCACUGGGGCUGUUAUAAGCCAACCAUGAAACCCAUGGGCAGAACUGUCCAAUCGGAGCACUGCUUCCUUAACAACAGCAACAAAGGAGAUCUCUCGAGCCUUAAGUGGUUUGAGUGUCAGCACAAACUGUGGCCAAACGGGCGCCGAGACGACCAACAGCUCUGCAAAAUAUACUAUUCGGCCCUCAAUUUCCGAGACAUUAUGUUAGCCACCGGUCGUCUCCCGCCGGACGCUCUGCCCGGAGAUAUGGCACUCCAUGACUGCAUUCUGGGUCUGGAGUUCUCGGGUCGGGACGAGAACGGGAAUCGCGUGAUG